CGGGAGGAGGAAGGGGAAGGGAUAGGGGCCGGGGCCGGGAAGGCUCCAGCGCGGCCGCCGCCGUCGCUGGUGCGGCAGGGGCGGAGCGGCGCGGGAGGCGGCGCCAGCGGCCGGCGGGGCCCGGAGUCACCGUGUCACGGCGCCCGGGAAGCCGUUGCCGCCGGAUCCGCCCCCCGCAGGGCGAGCGAGGAGGCAGGAGGAGGAGGAGAAGGGAGGCCAGCUCCUCGCCGCCUCUUGUGUUUUCGCCCCCUUCCCGGCCCAGCCCCAGCCCCUCUCCUCUCGGCACCGGGGCGGCGGCGGGGGGCGAGGCCGCAGCGGCGCCCGAGCUGCCCGCGGGAGCCCCGGGACGGGCCUGGGCCGCCGUCUCUGGAGUAGGAUGUCCCGACAUGAAGGUCAGAUUUGGUCUUUCCCCUUCUGCCACUUCCUGGUGCCAGAUUCUUUUUGGGAGGCAAUGUUUCUUGUCUUGACUGACAAGAGGUGCUGUCUCUGGUGUCAGCUGUGAUGCAUGUUUAAAAGGAAAUUUUCGAGGUCGCCGGUACAAGUGUUUAAUUUGCUACGAUUACGAUCUGUGUGCAACUUGUUAUGAAAGUGGUGCAACGACAACAAGGCAUACAACUGACCAUCCAAUGCAGUGCAUACUAACAAGAGUAGAUUUUGACUUGUACUAUGGUGGAGAAGCUUUCUCUGUAGAGCAGCCACAGUCUUUCACUUGUCCUUAUUGUGGGAAAAUGGGUUAUACGGAAACAUCUCUUCAAGAGCAUGUUACUUCUGAGCAUGCAGAAACAUCAACAGAAGUGAUUUGUCCAAUAUGUGCAGCAUUACCUGGAGGGGAUCCGAAUCACGUAACAGAUGACUUUGCAGCUCAUCUUACACUGGAACACAGAGCUCCUAGAGAUUUAGAUGAAUCCAGUGGCGUUCGGCAUGUACGUAGGAUGUUCCACCCAGGCCGGGGUUUGGGAGGGCCCCGUGCUCGUAGAUCAAACAUGCACUUUACUACCAGUUCCCCUGGUGGGCUUUCGUCUUCUCAGAGUUCGUAUUCUCCAAGCAAUAGAGAAGCCAUGGAUCCUAUAGCUGAGCUUUUAUCCCAGCUAUCAGGUGUGAGGCGUUCUGCAGGAGGACAGCUCAACUCCUCUGGCCCUUCUGCUUCUCAAUUACAGCAGCUGCAGAUGCAACUGCAGUUGGAACGACAACAUGCACAGGCAGCAAGACAGCAACUGGAGACUGCGCGCAAUGCAACCAGACGCACCAACACGAUCAAUGUCAACACCACUAUGACACAAUCUACAACAACAACCAACACAUCUAACACAGAAAACAGUCAGCAGACUAUCCAGAAUUCCCAGUUCCUUCUGACAAGGUUGAAUGAUCCGAAGAUGUCAGAAGCAGAGCGUCAGUCAAUGGAGAGCGAACGGGCAGACUGCAGCCUGUUUGUUCAGGAGCUUCUACUGUCCACCUUGAUGCAGGAAGAAAGUUCCUCCUCAGAUGAGGAUGAGCGGGGGGAGAUUGCAGAUUUUGGUGCUAUGGGCUGUGUAGAUAUUAUGCCUCUAGAUGUUGCUUUAGAAAACCUAAAUUUAAAAGAGAGUAAUAAAGGAAAUGAGCCUCCUCCACCUCCUCUUUGAUGACAUCCCACUUUGCAGACAAUGUCCUCUGUGCUGUAUUUGCCAAUGAAAGUGGACAACAACUAUCUUGGGUUUGUUUUGGUGAUUGUAAUUUCAGGUCUGUCACUCUUGUUACAUUGUGUACAUUCAAAAGAAAGAGAGAAAAGAUAUAUAUGAUAAUCAUUUCCACUUAACUAAUUUUUACUUCUAGCAGGUAAAUGUAGGUUGCAGAGCAGAAGGCUCUGUUUCCUGUACCUUGACAUGCAAAAGGCUCUCCUAAUACUCCACAUUCAAACUGAAGAGGAAAAAAAAUGAAAAAUCUCUAAUGAAGCUGCUGUGUGUAUUUAUGAAUAUUAAUGAAUAAAAACUGCUUGGAUGGUUUACCUUAA